GGAAGUCUCAAGCAUCAAACAUCAUCUAGUUCAUCUACAAUUGCCUACAAUGGAGAAGCCAACUCCCCCUCAGAACGAACAACAUCCCGCCUUCACCGCCAACACCGCGGUGAACCAAGACCAACCGCCGACUUACAAUAACCGGGACUUUUCUUCUCCCCUCGCCCAGCCGCCUCUCACGAACCCGGGCUCUCCCCCUCCAGCCCAUAUCCACAACCCGAAUGACUUCCCACCACAGUCCCAAGGCCAGCCGCCACAAUCUCAUGGCCAGCCGCCGCAGCAGAACGUCAACAGCGUACCGCUCCAGAGCCUGCAGAGCCAGAGCGCGCCAGUCGUUUGUCCGAGUUGCGGCGUGAGGGACUUUACAGUCACCACGGCUGAAGCAGGAGGCUUUACACAUGCCGCUGCGGCGUUGGUAUGUUUCGUGAGUUGCCUGGGAUGCAUCCCGUAUUGCAUCUCGUCACUCAAAGACGUACACCAUCGCUGUGCCAAUUGCGGCGUUCCGCUUGCAGAUUACCACCGUAGCGGUCGUACAGAGGUGCGCUGCUGGCAGAAGUAAAGGCAUUACAGCAAUGCCAGGUUGAAGGAGAGCUAAACCGUUUGGGAGGUUAUUGUUAAUUGUCUUGUCUUGUCUUGUUCCGUUAUGAUACCAUCAACUGCCUUUGCCAGGCACAAAUCCCUGUCUUUCUCGUAUUUCCUAUGUCUUUAGAACAGGCCUGCAGACACUCAAACACACGUUACAUCAUGUC